UACUCUUAGCGAGGCACUUUCUACAUGUUUUCGUGGUGCGAAAUCAGAUUCUCCAGUUUCAUCACGAUAGCGUAUCCUCUUGAGGAUGCUCGAAGCUCCUCUUCGAAUAUUUCGAUGUUAUAUAUGUAUCGAAAAUCAUAUAAAGGCACCACUAAUGGAUAUAAGCUUCUUGAUCGAACAUCUGGCACUGCAUUUUGAGUUCCACCUCUACGAAUGUCGUGGUUGCAAUCAAAAGUUUGCUACACCUUUUAAUGCCAACUUCCAUGUAAAAGAGGGGCAGUGUAAAACGGAAGAAGGCGAACUUCUAGACGAUGGCGGACCGCCCAUGAAAGCAGUGGAGCUCGAGAAUCUGGAGUUUUCAACUUUUUGUCAUCUUGAAAAUGCUAUCACAAAGUGUAUGGAGCUAAUGUUAUAUGAGUUGAGUCUUGGUGACGUGGAUCUGAUGCAUGCACUGAAAAUGAACGAGUUGAUCCCCAAGUAUCCAGUAUCACCGGAUCCAGUCAACACAGAAGAACGCCAAAUGCAAACUUCACCACCCAUUACUCCGCCACCUUCCAUGGAAGUUGAACCCGCUGUCGCUGAUUCGCAAACUCAGACAGAGUCUUCGAGUCCACUUUCUGAGCCAGCGUCAUCGGAUACGUCAUUGACUUCCUCGGCUGAUGGUGCGCCCAAGGUUGGUGGCUCGGCAGGCUUAGCUUUAUCAAUGAUUUCUGAUGAUGAGGAGGAGCAGCUAGGUAAUGAGCCACAAGAGGUUAGUAUGGAAUUGAGCGACGGUCUAUCAACCAUCAGCAACGAUUCAAGUAGUAGUCGUGAAACGCCGACUCCACCACCUCCGCCACCACCUUCGUCUCCACCUCCACCUCCUCCUCCACCUCCACCUCCGCCACCUAGCGAUCCUCCACCAGAAAACCUUCCAGCCCCAAAGCUUGCUCCACCCGAGAGUCCCAUACUUCCACCACCCCCACCGCCACCAGUUCUUCUUCCUCCAGGCGCAAGUGUCGGGUCAAUACCGCCACCGGUUAUUCUGCCUCCAAACGCAGGCGCCGGCUCAAUACCGUCACCGGUUCUUCUCCCUCCAAGCGCAAGUGCCGGCUCAAUACCAUCACUGCUCAGCUUGCAGUUCAAUCAUAAGCUUGACUAUGACUUACCGCCACGUCGUGACAAACGUCAACCACCAGCCAACAAUUCCGAACGGCAACGUCAACCACCUGCCAGCACAUCCGAACGACCUCCAGCGGCCCCUCCAACGGACUAUGCUGAACCAGAUUCAUCAUCAUCAGUCACGAUGCAACAACCUUUCUUCUUCCAACCUCCGCCGUUGAAGUCGAAACGAACUUUGUCGAACCCGAACAUUGGCUCAGCCAAUGAUCCCGUUUACCCAGUGCUGAACCCGGUAUAUCCAGCCGGCCUACGAAUGUACCCAGGGCCAUCGCAUGGAAAUCCAGGAUUUUCUGGCCAUCCGCUAUCAGAUGAUUCGCUGUCGUCAUGCCAGCAACCUCCGUUCUACGAUGGAGGGGCAGCUAGCGUAGGAGAAGUGUCGUCAUCCACUAAUUUCAUGCCUUUUCCUGGUGAUAGGAGAUUGUCCGAGAAUAUGCCUGGAUUUUCUCAAGAUAUGCCUCCUCCUUUAAGAGUGGAUUCACCAGUACAAGGUCAUCUUCCCCCGGAUUUUGGAGUAGCUGAUGGUAUGCCGUUUACGGAGUUUUCACGUCCUAUAUUUGAAGGAGGCGAUUACUUCGAUAGUCAAGCUAUGGAUACUGAUGACGUGGGUCCCUCCAGAGUCGAUCGGUUCAAUCACUUCCAAGUCAACGCUGAUGAGUGGGUUGGUUGUGAAAUGCGCGUAAAUGAACCACAUCCCGGUCCUGGAGGAGGUAUCCGCCAGCAGCCCCGGAGGUAUCCGAACAGGCGAGAUGGGAAACCUUGGAGUUAUGCAGUGAGGGUGGAUCGGUCAUUUGAUCCACACACGGGGACCACAAUCACGCCUAGGGAAAAACACACUCGUGGACGAUCAUUGUCUCGGGAUAGAUCGUCUCAUGGCAGGUCUAGAACCACCGAUGCCCGAUUGCGGGCUUCUCGAUCAAAAAGUCCGCGGCCAUCUUAUCGACGUCGACGUUCACGUUCACCAAGAGAGCCAGCUUCAAGAAGGCCGGGUUCCACUGAGAGGCGACGACAUCGCUCUCCAUCAGAUUCUAGGAGGAGGUCGGGUUCUAUAGAAAGGGGACGACGUCGUUCUAGAUCGGGUUCCCCGAGGUCACGCUCUGUGGGAAGACAUCGGUCAAGAACAAGAGAGAAUUUCAAUAUAUUUCACGAGUCAAAUGAGAAUAAUGUGGCUGGUCUCAGUGGAAGUUCAGACUCUACAAGCAGUUCGGAUGACCUUGUUGAAGAAUUGGAAAUGAAAGAGGAGGAAGUCUACGCAUAAUGUUGAGACCAUCAUGGAGAAUUUCUGAAGAUUUUACGUCCUUUUGGUUUUGGAUAUAGAAACACUGUUGCAGAUGAGUUUCUGCCAAAGUCACAUGCUAUAUGCUAUUCUGUUUUUUUCCGAGUAGUAGACAUUUUCAAUAAGUUAUUUGGUUUUAUCAUUACAUUACAUAGUACUUAUCUUUGAUGCUUGGAUCAUUUUUGCUUUACUAAAAAAGCUAAUAUACCAGCUGCACUCAUUGUUCAUUGUUCGAUAUGUUUCAAAUUAUGCUGGGCUGAGCAGUGACCUUCCUUUUAGCGUAACUCUUCACGCUUUGCUUGCUAAUAAGUUAUUUGUUAUCAUUAAUCUAGCGGAAAAGAGUAUGAUUUAGCUUUGACUGCACCGCAUAUAUCAAUAAAGCCUU